AUGACGCCAUCUGCCCGGCUGCGCGCGUCCAUCCUCGAAUCGCCCAAUGCCAUGGAGUCCAUCGCUUUCGGGGCAGUUUCCACGCGCGCCAUCCCCGAUCUGGUCCCCACCGCCAGUAAGAUUCCCUGCUCCGCGGAGGCGGACGCAGAUGCCGAGGCUGCGACCUCCCCGCCGGUCACCCCCGGGGCCGCUCUUUCAGCCCUGUCGAUGCUAAACAGCGCGGCAGCAGGAGAGGCGCCACCUGAUGCCGGGACUGGGGGCAUGCGACGCUUCGCUGUUCUGCGGCGAGUGAGCGCGCCGCGCGUGGCGGCGGCCGCCGCCGCGCGUGCUGCCAUUGCCACUUCCUCCGUGGCCGCUGGUGGGAGUGGGCACUCACGCCAGCCGUCGCGUGCGCACAAUUCUCUGAUCGCCGCGCCGGAGUCCCUAUCGACUGAUGAGGAAUGUGAGCGCCCGCCUGCGGGAGCCCGGCCAUCCUCCGUGCCGAGUUCAGAUGAGUCCGACUUGUCGGCCUCCGGCGGUCAUGGGUCGGGUGCCGAUCAUUCCACCCGGCCUGGCGGCAGUGCGCCUGGCAGCAGCAGUGACAGUGACAGCAGCAGCGGCAGCUGCGAUUCGGACUCGGAUGAUUCCUUGAACUCGGAUUCCGGCUCGAUCGUGGAGUUUUCCGACGGCUCGGAUACCGAGUCCGGUGCCGGGCGCGGGCGCAUGCCCUGGGAGCGUCACUCCGACACGCUGGAACGCAUGCCCUCAUUGUCGGUACUCCCGACGAUGCUGCCUCAUCCUGGACGCGGCGACAUUGACCCUGCUGUGCUGGCGCACUACAUGCAGCUGGCCAUCGGCAGUGGCGGCGAGGAGGAUGGCGACGGGUCGGAGAGCGAUUUCGAUGGGAGCAUCGCCAUUGGGGGUGCCGAUGGCGACGCCCCAGGCAGUGACCGGGCAUCCGGUACGGCUGGGCCGCCAAAUGACGCCGCCAUCCUCCGGCGACUGGAGGCCGCCCGCCAGGGUGACCUGCCGGAGGGCGAGCAUCUCUUCUUCACGCUGGAUCAAUAUCUUCGCCUGACGACGCAUCACAAUGUCCCUUGGGACCAUUUUGUGUGGGAUUACGAGCGUCUGACCACAACGCUGCCUCUGCGGCCGGGUGAUGGCGGCGAGGCGCGAGCCUGCACCGUUUCCGGGCCAUCGGAUUUGCCGCCUCCUGCCCCUAUGCCAUCUCCCCGGGUCGACGCUUCCGACUGCUCGGCGCCGGCCUCCCCCACAACGGAGACUUCCUGCUCGACGUCCUCUCUGAUUGUUGAGCCCGCCCUCUCGCCGCGAUCCGUAUCACCGGUCCCGUCCGCUGGCCCGUGUGGCGGCGGCAUGUCGGCCGACAGCGAGGCACCCCCCGCCGGCUUGGCCGACACACAUGACGAUUCCGAGCUCAGUGUCAUUGCAUACACCAAUGUGGCGGCCUGCUCCACAGUCACGGCUACCACCGGCGCUGCUUGCGAUGCUGCCACCGCCACGACUGACGAGGAGGUCGAGGAGGGCGAUGACACCGACACCGAGGAGAGCGAUGAUGACGAUAGCUCCUCGGACUCCGGCGACUCGGUUGUCGACCUGGGCGAGGAGCGGGAUGCCGUCAUCUCUCCCAGCGAGGAGGCUCGCAGCCGAGUUAAUACCCCGGGCUCGCCGUUUGAGCCGCUGGUGGUUGACCUCCACCGGCCAGUGGGGAAAUCGAUCCUUCGUCGGCGGGGAGACAGUGGGACCUCCACUCCCACGCCCGUGUCUCCGGACAGUGUGGCCUCGCCGGUUUCAAGAGUUCACUGGUCGCAGACCGUGGACGUCGGCCACACCUACAGCACCUUCGAGUAUGACCGGCUCUCGGUGCGCGAGAACCCCUUCGACGAUGACAGCGACUAUGAUGAUGAUGAUGAUGAGGAUGAGGAUGAUGACAGCAGCGACAUGGAUGACAAUGAUCUCUUCUCCCGGGGUGUGAGCGAGACGCCCGACAAUCCGGACCUGCUUUUUGUCGAUGAGGAUGGCUUUGCCAGCUAUGUCAGUCCGACGGAAGUCUGA